AUGUUCGCGGACCAGCUCGGUAGAAGCAUGGAAGUCUAUAUCGACGACAUGCUAGUCAAAUCUGCCAGGCGCACGAUCACGUCAAGCACCUCAGCGAAUGUUUCCGAAUCUUGGAAAGUACGGGAUGAAGCUGAACCCCGCAAAAUGCACAUUCGCCGUUACCUCAGGAGAAUUCCUCGGUAUGUUGUGACCCAACGCGGGAUAGAGGCAAACCCGAAGCAGAUCUCGGCGAUCCUCGACCUCCCAUCGCCGACAUCCUCCAAAGAAAUCCAAAGACUCACCGGACGUAUCGCCGCAUUGAACAGAUUCAUCUCGCGCUCAACCGACAAAUGUCUCCCCUUCUACCAAUUGCUUCGAUCAAACAAGAAGUUCGAGUGGGACAAAAAAUGCGAAGACGCUUUCAAACAAUUGAAAGAGUAUCUCACUACCCCACCAAUUCUCGCAAAACCCGAAGAAGGCGAGACCCUACUCUUAUAUAUCGCAAUAUCAAGCACGGCGGUAAGCGGAGUCCUCGUCCGAGAAGAUCGAGGAGAGCAGCAGCCAGUCUUCUAUGUCAGCAAAACCCUCAAUGAUGCCGAGACGCGAUACCCAACCCUAGAAAAACUGGCACUCCCGGACGAGCGCCAAGUCACAAGUCUAGCCGACUUCAUCGUAGAAAUCCCACCAGAGCUCGCAACUCAAGAGGACGAGCAAAUCCUCAAAUGGACACUGCAUGUCGACGGAUCGUCCUCCAGGCAAGGAGCAGGCGUCGGCAUCCGCCUCGUCUCCCCGACAGGCGAGAUUCUCGAGCAAUCGAUCAAACUCGGUUUCCCAGCGUCCAACAACGAAGCCGAAUACGAAGCGAUUAUUGCCGGACUUCGUCUCGCCGAAGCAGUCGGAGCAGAACACGUUCGUGCGUUCUGCGACUCUCAGCUCGUCGCUAAACAAUUCAGCGGUGACUACGACACGAAAGACGAUCGCAUGGACGCGUAUCUCAAACAAACGCAAAGACUUGCCAAAGCAUUCAAGACGUUCGAGUUGACAAAGAUCCCCCGUUCCGAGAAUUCCGAAGCCGACGCACUCGCAGCCUUGGCGUCAAAAACCGAAUCAGCACUGCGACGGGUCAUCCCGGUCGAAACCAUCGACGAACCAAGCAUCAAACUCCCCAAGGGAACCGUCGUCAUGGCAAUCUCGCAAGAAGAAGAAGAAGACGAAAACCUCACGAUGUGGCAGGAUGAAAUCAGAAAUUACCUCAUCAACGACGCCGUGCCAGAGGAGCGAUGGGCGGCCCGCCGCCUCCGACGAAAAGCAGCUUACUACUUCUUACGCAACAACGAGCUUUUUCGCUGGAGCGCAAACAAAGUCAUCCUGCGAUGCUGCGACGAAGCACAAGCUAAGAGCAUCAUGGUCGAGACCCACGAGGGAGCAUCAGGAAACCACGCCGGCGGAAGAUCACUCGCUUUAAAAAUUAAGAAGAUCGGAUACUUCUGGCCAACGAUGAUCGGCGAUUGCAUAAACGUCGCCGCCAAAUGCGUCCCCUGCCAAAGAUACGCACCGGCGAUCAACGCCCCAACGCAAGCACUUCAAGCUGCGAUCCCGGCAUAUCCCUUUAUGCGCUGGGGAAUGGAUAUCGUCGGCCCCAUGCCACGCUCACGGCAAUGCGCUUACCUCUUGGUCGUCACCGACUACUUUACUAAGUGGGUAGAAGCAAAAGCAUACAAAAACCCAACGGCUCAUGACGUAAGAAACUUUGUGUGGCAGUAUAUCAUAUGCCGUCACGGUCUUCCUUAUGAGAUCGUCACGGACAACGGAGGACAAUUCGUCGCAGCAACUUUCCGAGAAUUUUGCGCAUCAUGGAACAUCAAGAUCACUUACUCCACGCCAAGAUAUCCUCAAGCUAAUGGACAAGCCGAGUCCACAAACAAAACUAUUGUUGAUGGAUUGAAAAAAAGGCUUGAAGGCUACCAAGGAGCUUGGGCGGACGAAUUGGAUGGAGUACUCUGGUCGCAUCGAACCACCCCAGAACCGCAUCCGGGGAAACCCCAUUCUCUUUGUCGCACGGUUGCGAAGCGCUAG